GCUACACAUGACCUGAGGCUGGCCUGAAUCAAGAGUUUGAUAAUAGCUGACUGAUUUACUGAGUGAUUCGAGGACCCAGACCACGCCACCGGCACAACACAAAUACUACACUUACUACCCAGAUGCCCAUAGACACAGAAUAGCUAGCACAUACACUACCUAGUACCACCUGCUAGCUAGACUAGAGCAAAGUGUUUGUGUGUGACAAUAGCAGACUGAUGUGAGGACUUGGACUACCUGGACACAAUAUGGGUAGGACAUAUACUACCCAGUAUCGCCCGCCAGUCAAACUCGGUGCAAUGGAGGCGUUGACAUCGCGGCUCCGGAAGUCUGGAAGACCCCCAGAACCAUCGGGUAUAAAUAGGAGCAAGGAAACAAACUCCCAUCUCUUCUCCCGCCAACUCUUGACACCUUCGCAGACUCGUCACACAUAAUGGGUUCCUACCCAGGCAACCCCAAGCGCGUGCAGCGCGUCAAGGACCUGGCCGGCCACAUUGCGGACUACCAGUUCGAUAUCUUGUCGCAGAACGACGCGCAAAAGGAGAAGGACGAGCGGGCACACGAAACGCUCGAGUCCGUGGCCAAGUACCAUGGCUUCUCGUCGAUCUGGGAGUACACGGAACUGGCCAUUGCCGCGCUCCCCGCCGAGGAGAAUGAAAGGUACAAUAACCUCAGGCACACGAUCAGGCGCACGGGCAGGGUCGGCAAGAAUAUCAUAGUCUCAAUGGGCGCCAUCGCCACCCUCGGCCUGAUUCCUGGUGAAAUUUGCGAGGCGUCAGCUGAUCUCAUCGACAGUCUGGGUAAGGUAUUGAAGGAGGCGUUUGAGAACUUCCAGAAAGUGUUGUCCGAGAUCUCUCUGAGCGACGCCCUGGCCGAAGCCGGCAGCAUUGCGGCGGAGGGCGCGGCGGAGGCCAGCGUUCUAACCAAGUUUGGCCAGAUCGCGGCCAAGCCUGUGUUUGCGCUCGCCACGAUUGACCGGCUCGUACACGACGAUGGCAUCGAGAGCGAGCAGCUGAUAGAGAAGUGCCGCGAGUACACGCUCGACCUGGCGUCCAAGCACUACAUGGUCCGCAAGCUCAAGGAAGACGUCGAGACGGCCUUCAGCUUCACCGAGGGCGUCAUCCACUCGUUGUUCCAGGACACUCUCGACGCCGAUGAAGGCACCCCCUCGGGCGAGAAACACGAGAUUAUUGCCCGAAAGGUCAAGGAGGCCCUCGAUAGGUUUGCGAUUCUUAAGGUGCCGGGCGCCGUCAUUGUCUCGGAAGAUCUGAGGAGAAAGGACAUGAAUGCCAGCUCGUGGACGAAUGAGGACCCAGAUGUGGUACAGAUGAUGGGCUACUUGGAGAUGCGCAAGAAGACUAAUUCUUGA